AUGUCGGAUGAUGUUCCAGUGAGCGUUCAAAAUUCGUAUCCUACUGAAAACCAAGAGCAAGCCUCACAAGAUCAUGGAUCGGAUCCUCAACUGAGCUUUGAGACAUCAGAUGGUCAUGUGCAGAUCCAGCUCACUCUACAAGAUAUGGAGGAAGAAGCAGCCAGGCUACGUGAGCUCAAUGCCCGAUUGGAUGCUCUUCAAUCAGCCCCGCUUGGCGAGGAGGAAACACAAAAAUCAGAGGUAGAUCCCAAAUCUGUGUAUGUAGGAAACGUGGACUAUGGGGCCACGCCGCUAGAACUACAACAGCAUUUCUCGACAAGCGGGGAAGUCGAGCGGGUCACCAUCAUAACAAACAAACAGACUGGGCAGCCGAAAGGAUUUGCGUAUUUGGAGUUUUCUCUGGCCGAUGAGGCGAACAAGGCGGUGGCCACGCUUGAUGGCUCGAAAUUACGAGAGCGUGAGCUUAAGGUGAAUUUGAAGCGCACAAAUAUCCCGGGUUUCUCGGCUAGUAGCCGCGGGGCCUUUAGAGGAUGGGGUCGUGCAUUAAUGAGAGGGAGAGGUAGAGGUGGAUUCAGGGGGCGUGGCUUUCUGCGGGGCACCCCUAGGUUCUCCCCUUACUAA